CCAUCCACAGUUGUCUCUGAACAUGCUGAAGGGCCGCCUCAAGCAAUGUUCAAGAUUUGACCCAGGAGCAGCUACAGUAUUAUGGUUGAUCAGAGUGAGAGGCAUCUGCGGAAAAUAUUUGGAGGAUAUAUUCUCUGCGAGAGACAUAUUGCAUUCAAGCAGGAAGGAAGAAGCAAAAAUGCUGUUAAGACGAUUAUACAGUUGCAGAAACAACAGAGAUCUCAGAACCAUCUCAAGAUGCUCUUGGUGCAUCAACAGAAGAUCAGAAGUGGACCAUGCUUAUCUUGAUGCUACAGGGAACAAUGGUACAGUUGCCCCAUCCACUGUCAUCUCUGAACAUGCUGAAGGGCUGCCUGAAGCCAGGAACUUUCAGCGUUUAACAGAGGAGCAAGGCCAACUCCUAAGAAAAUGUCGAAGUGUUCAACAUUACUAUGAGACGGGAACUGAAGAUGAUAGACUGUAUUAAUUCAAUCAAAAGCCACAAGUGUUUGAAUUCUCUGAAGUGGAAUUAAAUAAA